UCAUUAUUUAUUAACAUUUUGUGGCAUCAAUGCUAAACUACAUACAAUUACAAUAAACAAGAAGAAGAAAUUAGGUAGAUAACACAAAACACACGAAUUAUUCCUUGGUACUAUCUUUUUGCAUGCAUGUAAAGAUUGUUGCACACAAUAAUGUUGUAGCUAACUCAUUACUUUUGCACACGCAAAGAAAAUUACCUCUUUUUUACCAACUUAUUCACAUCAAUAUCCCCCCUUCUUACUUGCAACAAUUUUCACCAAUUCCAAAACCCUCUUUUGUUUAAUCAACAAAACACCUCCAUAAUCUCAUAAUUGUGUAGCUUCAUUAUCCAGAUGAUGAUCAAAACAGAUAAUUCUAAGCCCAUAAUUUCUUCUUUUUCAUCAUCUUAUAGCACUGGAUCCAUACUUUUGGUAGCUUGUUGCAUGGGAUUUUCAUGGCUUUUCAUUCAUAGAUUGAGCCAAAGGAACAAGUUGGGGCCUAAGACAUGGCCUUUGAUUGGGGCAGCUCUUGAACAAUUUAUGAAUUAUGAUAACAUGCAUGAUUGGCUUGUCGAAUAUCUCUCCAAAUGUAGAACUGUUGUGGUCCCUAUGCCCUUCACUACAUACACCUAUAUUGCUGAUCCUUCUAACGUGGAGCAUGUUCUUAAGACCAAUUUUGUUAAUUAUCCAAAGGGUGAAGUCUACCAGUCGUACAUGGAAGUUCUGCUAGGAGAUGGGAUUUUUAAUGCAGAUGGUGAAAGUUGGAGAAAACAAAGAAAAACUGCAAGCUUUGAGUUUGCAUCAAAGAACUUAAGAGACUUCAGCACUGUUGUUUUUAGAGAGUAUAGCUUGAAGCUUUUUACUAUUUUGAGUGAGGCGUCUUUUGAGAAUCGGUCGGUCGACAUGCAGGAAUUGUUGAUGAGGAUGACAUUGGAUUCCAUAUGCAAGGUGGGUUUUGGUGUAGAGAUUGGAACUUUGGCACCUGACCUACCUGAGAACUCUUUCGCUCGUGCUUUUGACACAGCUAACAUCAUUGUCACACUAAGAUUUAUUGAUCCUCUUUGGAAGAUCAAAAAAUUUCUAAACGUGGGAUCGGAGGCUUUACUUAGCGAAAGUAUUAAAAUAAUUGAUGAUUUUACUUAUUCUGUUAUCCGAAGACGCAAAUCUGAAAUUGAAGAAGCUAAAAGAGAUUCCAACGCCAUCAAGAUGAAACAUGACAUAUUGUCAAGGUUUAUAGAGCUUGGAGAAGAUCCAGAGAGCAACACAACAGAGAAGAGCCUAAGAGAUAUAGUGCUAAAUUUUGUGAUCGCCGGUCGCGACACCACAGCAACAACACUGUCAUGGGCAAUAUACAUGAUAAUGAGCCAUCAAAGUGUUGCUGAAAAGCUUUAUCAAGAAUUAAAAGCCCUUGAAGAAGAGAGAGCAAUUGAAGAGAAUGUGGAGUUGAUUGAAUGUGAUAUAGAUGACACUGUAUCUUUUAACAAAAGGGUGUCACAAUUUGCUCAACUUUUGACGUAUGACUCCUUGGCUAAGUUGUAUUAUUUGCAUGCUGUUGUUACCGAAACUCUUAGACUCUAUCCUGCAGUUCCUCAGGACCCAAAAGGUAUAUUGGAGGAUGAUGUACUACCAGAUGGAACAAAAGUAAAAGCAGGUGGUAUGGUGACUUAUGUUCCAUAUUCCAUGGGUAGAAUGGAGUACAAUUGGGGACCUGAUGCUGCUGAUUUCAAGCCUGAGAGAUGGCUUAAAGAUGGGUUCUUUCAGAAUGCCUCCCCUUUUAAAUUCACUGCUUUUCAGGCUGGACCAAGGAUAUGCCUCGGAAAGGAUUCAGCUUAUCUACAGAUGAAGAUGGCAUUAGCUAUUCUGUGUAGAUUUUAUACAUUCAAGUUGGUCGCAGGGCACCCUAUCAAGUAUAGGAUGAUGACAAUUCUGUCAAUGGCUCAUGGAUUAAAGCUUACAGUCUCUAGGUGCUCUUAAUUAGUUAAACACUAUAUAUUUCACUAAUUAAUUUGCCUAAUCUUGCUUGUAAUAUCACUUGUAACCAACAAAAAUGAUGCUCCAAACAACUGGUAUAGGUUAUUGUUUUGGUACUAAUAGUGAGAGUUGAUUAUUCAUAUUGUAUUAUCAUAGAUUGUUACUGAAAAAUAUUGAGCAUCACAAUUUUAGAAA